GUGUGUAGCGGCUGGCGGGGCUGAGCAGUGUGGAGGAGUUCCUCGCUCUCGUGGGCGCAGAGUGCUUGGCUCCGCCCCCACCCCGACAGCCGCGUCCAGCAACAGGAAGCAAACUCUGCCGCUUUACGCAAAAAGACUGCGUUCGCAAGAAGAAGAAGAAGAUUACGUUUAGGAAAAAAAAAAGAAAAGUCGAGGCCUUCACGUCGACAUGCGUAUCCGCCCGUAGCCACAUCAUCUGGUUUUACACGCGAGCAGGGACUUUGGCUCUCCAUCGGGUUUUCCUGGACCAGCAGAUCGAUGCGGACGCCCUGGGUUAAAAUGUUAGAGUAAGCGUGCCUGCCGGGGAGAAGAGCGGCCGGGUGUGUUGUUAAACUUGGCCAUGGCCCAAGGCACUAGUCUCCAGUAUGAGCCAGUUGCAGAGAUAGGAGGCGGCGCCUAUGGAACCGUGUACAAGGCUCGGGACAUGGAGAGCGGGCAGUUUGUGGCGCUGAAGAGCGUGCGUGUCCAGACAGACCAAGACGGCCUCCCUGUCUCCACAGUCAGAGAGGUGGCCCUGUUAAAACGGCUGGAGCAGUUUGACCAUCCCAAUGUGGUCAGGCUAAUGGAUGUUUGUGCUAUUACGAGGACGGACCAGGAGACCAAGGUCACCCUAGUAUUUGAGCAUGUGGACCAAGACCUCAAGACUUACCUCGAGAAGGCCCCAGCACCAGGAUUACCUCCUGAACGCAUAAAAGACCUGAUGCGACAGUUGCUGUGUGGUCUGGCGUUCCUUCACUCUAACCGUGUGAUGCACAGAGACCUGAAACCAGAGAACAUUUUGGUGACCAGCCAGGGCCAAGUGAAGCUGGCUGACUUUGGACUAGCCAGGAUCUACAGCUGCCACAUGGCCCUCACUCCUGUAGUGGUGACUCUGUGGUAUCGACCUCCUGAGGUCCUCCUGCAGUCCACAUACGCCACGCCGGUGGAUAUAUGGAGCACUGGCUGCAUCUUCGCGGAGAUAUUUAGACGCAAACCUUUGUUCUGUGGUGCAUCAGAAGUGGACCAGUUGGGAAAAAUAUUUGAAGUUAUCGGCUUGCCGCCGGAAGAAGAGUGGCCAGCUGAUGUUACAAUUUCAAGGAAGAACUUCCCCCUUCUGUUCCCCCGUCCAAUCACAGACUUUGUUCCAGAGAUAAAUGAGAAGGGGGCACAACUGCUGCUGGAAAUGCUGACCUUUGACCCUUCGAGGAGAAUAUCUGCCCUGAAUGCCCUUCAGCACCCGUAUUUCAAAGAGGAGGACGUGCCUCAGAUGAACAGCUGAGAUGCAGUGAUGAGAUAUGUCAUCUAAGUCUGAACCUGACCUAAUGUAAAUGAUUUGUUUUUUUCUUUCAUUUGGUGCGUUGCCUCUCAAGGCGUCUGAGACUUGGGGUCAUGCCGCGGGAUAUCGGGCUAUUUUAUUUUGUUACGUAUAACCCUUGCAGAUCCUCUCACCUGAUGGAGUCCUUGUUUCUUGAAUAUGAAAUUGAACAAAGGGGGAUUGAUUGGAAAGCUCCGUCGGCACAGCGUCAGAUGCCGUUAUUUGUUGUAUCCUAGAGGAGCAGUAGUGUUGUCGUUCCUUCCUGUAGGUCUGUUUUCUCGUGUUAAUCCUGCCUCGAUCUGCGUUAAUGUCAAACUCUUAUUCCAGUCUGUCGUCGUUGAACUGUCCGUAGCCAUGUUCGUGCUGAAUGGCAUCAGUAAGCGUGUGGUGUCUGAAAAUAGUCCUUCUGUACUGCUAGCCUGCUGUGUGUGGAGGGGGGGGGCACCUAGCGGUAGCAGGGUGUAAUAAGCAGCAGGCCACGCAGCGUCUCAGACAACACCUCUGCAGUUGAUGUCGACCUGCUGCAGGGGUCGUUUCUUUUGACAUAGGACUGUAAAGACUUGACGUAGAGGGUGGGAACGAAGCGCAGCCCGGACUGAAACUUGUAGGACACUGCGGGCAUCUGGUGCAGCGCUAACUGGUCGAGUCACCUGGGUGCCUUUCAUUUUAUUAUAAUCUUUUCCACUACAUAAAACAGUGAGUUGUAUUGAAAGGAUUAAUGUGGAUGUAAAUGAACAAAAGAGAGUAUGGACGAUGUGAAAGUGGUCUGACGUGGGAAGUGUAACUGAGAAAAUGUGGACAGACAACACAGAGUGGAAUGUGCAGAUGUAUUGAUUUGAUGAAUGGACUUGUGAGUAAAAUGUUGUUGUGAUUGUUUUUCCUCCGUUCCUGCAACAAACCAUCACUGCAAAGAUCAAUAAAAGCUGUUUUA